AUGCCAGAUUUAGGAGCUAGUCUAGAUGAAUUCAUUGGUGAAGAUGAAGUUAUAGAAAUUAAAUGCCCGAAAACUGCAUCAAAACUUCAUCCUCUAGAAGCCACCAAAAAAAAAGUUAUAAAUUUUUGUACGGUUGAUGAAAAUAAUUUGAUAAAAUUAAAAAAAAAACACAUAAUUACUUUUACCAAGUCCAAGAUUUCAAGGGAUGAAACAUUUUGGGAAGAACGAAUGGUAAAAAAACUUGGAAGGUUUUUAUUAUACGUGUCUAUUGUCAGAAAUUCUCGAUGGACGGUAUCCACGGAAAAUGGAAAUAAGAAACCCAACUCGAGAUUUCUAAUACAAUAA